AUGGCUAUUAAGAACACAGGUACUCACAUCAGUUUGGCCAUUGAGAUGCUGACUUCUGUGUGCAGUGCCGAUUGUGGUCCUGGAUUUAGAAAAUUCAGGAAGGAAGGAAUGGCAUCAUGCUGUUUUCACUGCAAACCUUGCCCAGAAAACGAAAUUUCUAAUGAGACAAAUGUGGAUUUUUGUGUCCAGUGUCCAGAGGACCAAUAUGCUAGCACAGAGCAGAAUCGCUGCAUUCAUAAAGCUGUUGUAUUUCUCAGCUAUGAAGAACCAUUGGGGAUGGCACUUUCCUUAAUCUCGUUGUGCUUCUCUGCACUCACAACUCUGGUUCUUGGGGUCAUUGUAAAGCACCACAGUACUCCCAUUGUUAAGGCCAAUAACCGAACUCUCACCCACAUCUUGCUCAUCUCACUCAUCUUUUGUUUCCUCUGCCCCUUGCUCUUCAUUGGCCAUCCAAACUCAGCCAUCUGCAUCCUACAGCAAAUCACAUUUGGAGUUUUAUUCACUGUUUCUGUUUCUACUGUGUUGGCUAAAACAAUUACUGUUGUUCUGGCAUUCAAAGUCACAGCCUCACGUAGAAUGAUGAAGUACUUUCUUGUUUCACAGGUAUCUAACUACAUCAUUCCCAUCUGUACUCUAAUUCAAGUUAUUGUAUGUGCACUCUGCCUAGGAGCUUCUCCUCCAUCUGUUGAUAUUGAUGCAAGAUCAGAGCAUGGUCACAUCAUCGUUGUUUGCAACAAGGGCUCAGUCACUGCCUUUUACUGUGUACUGGGAUACUUGGCUAGCCUGGCCUUUGGGAGCUUUACUCUGGCUUUCUUUUCCAGAAACCUCCCUGCUGCCUUUAAUGAAGCCAAAUCCAUAACAUUUAGCAUGCUGGUGUUCUGCAGUGUCUGGGUCACUUUCAUCCCUGUUUACCACAGCACCAAAGGGAAGGUCACGGUGGCUGUAGAGAUCUUCUGCACUUUGGCGUCCAGUGCAGGGAUGCUGGGAUGCAUCUUUGUCCCCAAAUGUUACACAAUAUUGUUUAGACCAGACCAAAAUUCUCUUGAAAUGAUCAGGGUCAAAUCAUCUUCACAUGCUCACAUUUCAUAA